AUGUCGGAGCAGCAGCCGACUGCUGGCUGCAUCCUCCUCUCCUUCCUGGGUCUGCUUGGGCUGGUUGGUGCAGUCACUAGAACAUACUACAUUGGGAUUGUGGAAGAAUACUGGAACUAUGUGCCUCAGGGGAAGGAUGUUAUUACUGGGAAGAGCUUCUCAGAAGACAAACUUGCAACCCUAUUUCUCGAACGAGGGCCCAACAGGAUAGGCGGCAUCUACAAGAAGGCAGUUUAUAGACACUUCACAGAUGGCAGCUACUCCACGGAGAUCCCCAAGCCCCCCUGGCUGGGGUUCCUGGGUCCCAUCCUGAGGGCGGAAGUGGGCGACGUGAUCGUUAUCCACCUGAAGAACUUCGCUUCCAGACCUUACUCUUUGCAUCCUCAUGGUGUUUUCUACAACAAGGAUUCAGAAGGAGCCUUGUACCCAGAUGGGACAUCUGGAAAGAACAAGGAUGAUGACAUGGUCCCCCCUGGCCAAAACUACACCUAUGUCUGGCCGGUGAGAGAAGAAUAUGCACCCGCCCCAGCGGAUGCCAGCUGCCUGACCUGGGUGUACCACUCACACAUUGAUGCCCCGAAGGAUAUCUGUUCUGGGCUGAUUGGACCCCUACUGGUGUGUAAGGAAGGUAUGCUGAACAGAUACUCAGGGACAAGGAUUGAUGUAGAUCGAGAGUUUGUUAUCAUGUUCACUCUUGUGGAUGAGAACCAGAGCUGGUACCUGGAUGAAAACAUCAGGCAUUUCUGCACUGACCCUAAUUCCGUUGACAAAAGUGAUGCCGUUUUCCAGAGGAGCAAUAAGAUGCAUGCCCUCAAUGGAUUCCUUUUCGGAAACUUCCCCGAGCCUGAGAUGUGUGUUGGUGAAUCUGUGUCCUGGCACCUGUUUGGGAUGGGGAAUGAGAUAGACAUCCAUUCCAUCUAUUUUUAUGGUAACACCUUCAUCACCAGAGGGCACCGGGCAGAUGUUGUCAACCUGUUCCCAGCCACCUUCCUCACAACAGAAAUGAUAGUGGAGAAUCCAGGGAAAUGGAUGAUAACCUGCCAAGUCAGUGACCAUCUGCAAGCUGGUAUGCUGGGACAAUACAACGUGGGUAACUGCAGAAGUGAUGUUCCUCACCCAAAGAUGCAGGGUCAGCAGAGGCACUACUUCAUAGCAGCUGAGAAAGUCCUUUGGGAUUAUGGUCCCCAAGGCUACGAUAAGUUCACUGGAUUUCCCCUGAAUUCGUCUGGCAGUGACUCUGCAGUGUACUUCACACAAGCUGAAAACAGAAUAGGAGGAAAGUACUGGAAGGCUCGGUACACGGAAUAUGUUGAUGCCACUUUUAGUAGAAGAAAGACACCCUCUGAGACUGAAGCCCAUCUUGGAAUCCUUGGUCCAGUCAUCAAGGCAGAGGUGGGUGACACCCUGCUAGUGACCUUUGCUAACAAAGCUGACAAGGUCUACAGCAUUUUACCCCAUGGUGUGUUCUAUGACAAGGCGUCAGACGCAGCUCCGAAUAUAGAUGGAUUUCUGAAACCAGGGGCUCACGUCAAGCCAGGUGAAACCUUCACCUACAGGUGGACAGUGCCUGAGAGUGUCAGCCCCACAGAUGAAGAUCCCCCCUGCCUGACCUAUCUUUACUUCUCAGCAGUUCAGCCAAUCAAGGACACUAGUGCUGGGCUUGUGGGGCCUUUGCUGGUCUGUAAAAAGGGUACCCUCAACGCUGACGGGACACAGAAAGGAAUAGACAAGGAAUUUUACCUACUGUUCACAGUCUUUGAUGAGAAUCUCAGCAGGUAUCUUGAUGAAAAUAUCCAGAAAUUUACUUGGCAUCCCUUCAGUGUUGACAAAGAAGACAAGGAAUUUGUGAAAUCCAACCAGAUGCAUGCUAUUAAUGGCUACAUGUAUGGCAGCCAGCCAGGCCUCAGCAUGUGCAAGAAGGACAGAGUUUCCUGGCACUUGAUUGGAAUGGGCACUGACACAGACAUGCAUGGAGUUUACUUUCAAGGCAACACCAUCCAUCUACGAGGGACUCAUCGUGACUCCCUGGCUCUGUUUCCCCACAUGUCCACAACGGCAUUCAUGCAGCCGGACCAUGCAGGUAUUUUCAAGGUGUUCUGUUCCACUUUGCACCACUUCGUGAGAGGCAUGGGUCAGAUCUAUGAGGUCAGCAGCUGUGGCAACAGGGACCCUUCUGAGCCGCCCUACGGGAUGCUAAGAACCUUUUUCAUCGCCGCUGAAGAGGUAGAAUGGGAUUAUGCCCCUAACAAAAACUGGGAGUUCGAAAAGCAGCACUUGGACGCAGGAGGGGAAAGACAUGGGGAUAUAUUUAUGAAUCACACUGAAAACUGGAUUGGCUCUCAGUACAAGAAGGUGGUUUACAGGGAAUACACGAAUGGAGAGUUUGUGGAGAUUAAAGCCCGGCCACCGAGGGAGGAGCACCUGCAACUCCUGGGCCCAAUGAUCCACGCUGAGGUGGGGGACUCCAUCCUCAUCAUCUUUAAGAACAAAGCCAGUCGGCCCUAUUCCAUCACAGCCCAGGGUGUGGAGGAUUCAAACAGUGGGAAGCGUCUUGAGGUGCCUGUUACAAAGCCGGGAGAAAUAAAAACUUACAGAUGGAACGUCCCCAAGAGAUCGGGUCCCGGGCCCUCUGAUCCUAAUUGUAUCCCGUGGGUGUACUAUUCAACCGCAAACUUUGUCAAGGAUACGUACAGUGGUUUGAUGGGGCCUCUCAUCACAUGCCGAGAAGGGAUAUUGAACGAAAAGGGAAGAAGAAGUGACGUAGACUACGAAUUUGCUCUGUUGUUCCUGGUGUUUAAUGAGAAUGAAUCAUGGUAUCUGGAUGACAAUAUUAAGAAGUAUCUCAAUAAAGAUCCACGGGAUUUCAGGCGCACAGAUGAUUUUGAAGAAAGCAACAAAAUGCACGCCAUUAAUGGAAAGAUAUUUGGAAACCUCCCUGGCCUCAUAAUGAUGGAAGACACAAUGACUAACUGGUAUCUGCUGGGAAUAGGAAGCGAAGUGGACAUCCACACCAUCCAUUACCAUGCAGAGAGCUUUCUGUUCAAAAUAGAUAAGUCCUACCGAGAAGAUGUGUAUGAUCUCUUUCCCGGGACCUUUCAAACCAUUGAGCUGUUUGCUGAUCACCCAGGGACGUGGCUGCUGCAUUGCCACGUCUCUGACCACAUUCACGCCGGCAUGGAGACCACCUACACUGUCCUCCGGAACAUAGACAACAGGAUUCCAUAUUCCACCAAGUCCCCUUCUGGAGCAGGGUCCCAUGCUGUCACAGUGCCCUCCAAAGAACAACCUGGCAAGGAAGACCUCUAUUUCUUUGGCAAGAACUUGCGCCCAAGAGGAGCCAAGGCAGCCCUGGUCAUCCUGUUCAUCCUGGGACUCCUCCUUCUGGUCGCCACUGUGAUUCUCUCCCUCAGACUCCGCUCUUCGAGGAGGCAGAUGGCUUACAGGGAAGUCCAGUCCUGUGCACUCCCCACAGAUGCUCUGUGAAUGCUCUGGUCUUCCUCAGCGGGAGGGGUCAGGUUCCAUGACUGGCCACACAGUGGCUAACAGGGAAACUGGACCAAUGCAUUGUUCACCAAGGAACUUUGACACUGUAUCCUAGAUCAGGCUUCUGAGCCUCUGGAAUGUCAUCCAAAGCAAUGUGCUUUUAUUUAUUUAUUUUUUUAACUGGCUGUGAAUGAUUCUCAGGUAUAAAGUACAUGAAAAAGGAGAAUGCACUGAAUUGGGAUCUACCAACCACCAGUCUGUUGGGUGAACAAGUCACUCAGGGGGUACCUUCUGAAAGAUGUUUUUAUAGUUUGAAAUCAAACAGUGCUUCCUCGGCUAGCCACCACGGUUUCCAGAUGAGUGGCUUCUAGAAAAUAUCAGGGUGCCUGGGACAACUGUCUGUCUGGAAUCACACUAACAAGUGAGAUUGGCCCCUCAGUUGUUCAGGGUGAACAAGUUUCUGAGGAGUUCGUGGGAAUGUCCCAGUCAGUAUGAGCUGAUGGAAUGGACCACAUGAAUCUUUCAGGGG